AUGGAAAAGCUUAAGAAGAUUAAUGGAGAGGCAUGGGAGUAUCAUACAAGAUUUGAUCCUCGGGUGUGGGUGAAGGCUUACCUUAACCAUGGGCCGAAGGUUGAUUCUUUGACAAAUAAUAUGUGUGAAUCCUGGAAUGCCGAAAUCAAAAAGUACAGAGUGAAGUCCAUUCUUACAAUGUGUGAAGAGUUGUGCUGUUAUGUCAUAAGGAGAAUGAAGAAGCAUAUCACUCUACUAUCAGCAUAUCUUGGAAAGCUUGCUCCAAUACAGCAAAAAAGACUUGGCCAAAUGAUUAAGCCCAGCAAUAGAUGGAAUGUAAAAUGGACAGGUGACAACGAGAGGAAGCGGUUUGAAGUGAGUCGCAAGACAUCAAGAGUUGAUGUUGAUUUGAUGAAGCAUACAUGUUCAAGCAAUAUGUGGCAACUAACAGGAAUGCCUUGUAUUCAUGCGAUUGCUGCUAUUAGGAAGAAGCAUGACAAGCCAGAAGAUUAUAUGCACAAAUGGCUUUGCAUGGAGUCCAUCCAUCUGACGUAUGCACACUCUAUCCAACCAGUUUUCAGUGAAGAAUAUUGGCAUAGAACAGGUUACAUCAAGUCAGAUCCUCUACCCAUCAAGAGGCCGAUUGGUAGGCCAAAGGUGCAUAAAAGAAAGAAGGAUCCAAUAGAGGAUUUGAUCCAAGGGGACAAGGUAAGAAAAACAUUUCGCAUAACAUGCAGAAAGUGCGGCGAGAAGGGUCACAACUACAAGACGUGCAAGGAAGAACCAUCUAAUCCUAAUUGGAAGCCUAAAACUAGGAAGCCAAAGCACCAAAACUCAAGUAGUCAAGCACUAGUGAACUUCCGUUAUCCCAAUCUACUCCAGAGCCUGAGGCUGGCCAGAAUUGAACACACAACAAACAGCUCCAGCUGA